UCGAUUCGGUGCGUCGUCUGGUUUGUUAGGUUAGGAUUAGGAAGUUCGAUUAAAUUCUGCUGAGUGAUGCUUUAUUAGCUUUUGUGGCUUUAUUGCGCUAGUUUUGUUACAUCAAUAGCAAAUCUUGUGAAGUUCGUGUUUUAGUAUAUAUUUUUAAACAUGUGGUUAAACGAGGCCGAUGAAUUCUCGGAAAUAUUUAAAGGAAUCUUUCCAUUUUAUCUCUUAAUUGUUUUACCGUUGUUUAUCAUUAUAUCACCAAUAAAUCCUGUAGAAGCUUCUUAUGAAUUUCCAGUUUACCGGAUGCAACAGUUUGAUCUUCAUGGUGUUCCUCACGGUUGUCGCUCUGCCCCAGUGAAUCUAGAAGCUCGUUCCCUUACCAGUUGGAGUACGUCUCGACACUGUGUCGUUGUUCGGUUCCAAGAUCUCUCUGCUGAACACUUCAGAGAAAUACGGUCAAAAGCUGGCGCACUUUUGGUUGUUCUUCCAAAAGAUGUUGAAAAUUUACCAUCCUCUGAAAAACAAGUUCUAAUGGACUUGGAAAAAUUUAUGCUUUCCCAGGAAGUGUUUAUACCUGUGUACUUUGCCAGUUGGACACCGGAGUUUCAGAUAAUUCUGGAUGACGUUGCCACGAGUAUGGUGACGGACGAGAAGGCGGGAACUGCUGCUCAAGCGUUGAUGAACUCAGUGUCUGCAAAUGGUUACCAAAUUGUGGUCAACACAAACAAAGCCUCGCCAAAAUCUGACGUUCAGAUUGCUUCUGUUCAGGGAAAACUUGUGGGACAUGGGAUUGAAGACAAGAUGCCAACAAUCGCAAUUGUCGCUCAUUACGACAGUUUUGGGGUGGCACCAGAGAUGUCGUUUGGAGCGGACAGCAAUGCCUCAGGUGUAGCGAUGUUGCUGGAGCUUGCGCGACUUUUCUCCCACCUGUACGCCAACGCGCAGACACACGCUCGAGUGAAUCUGUUGUUCCUGCUGUCUGGUGGUGGCAAACUCAACUACCAGGGGAGCAAGAAGUGGCUGGAGGAUCAGCUGGAUGGGAUCGACGCUUCGUUGCUUCAAGAAGCCAACUUCAUCCUCUGUCUGGACACAGUUGGAGGAGGAAACUCUCUUUACUUCCAUGUAUCCAAACCUCCGAGGGAAAACUCUCCGGGAGCAAAUUUCUACAAGGAACUGAAAGGUGUGAAGAGUAACGUCCCGGUGGAGGUGGUACACAAGAAAAUCAACCUCGCAGAAGAAAUGCUUGCCUGGGAACACGAGAGGUACAGCAUCCGGAAACUGCCAGCCUUCACACUCUCAUCUCUCAAGACACACAAACAUCCCGGUCGAGGGACCAUCUUGGACACAAGACAGAGCGUGGAUGUUGCAAACCUCGUGCGCAACACGGAGAUUGUCGCGCAAGCUUUGGCUAGACACAUUUACAACUUGACAGGCGGGACUUUUCCCUUCUCCAAACACAUGGGUGUGGAGGCUGAUUCUCUCAAGAUGUUUUUGGACUUCCUCACAUCCCAGCCCAGAGCUGCCCUGCUGCUGGCAGACAAGAACAAUCCUCUAGUCACUGCUCUCUCUCAGACACUCGGCGGUUACAUCAAAGAUGUCAAAAUCUCUUACCAAACGGCUGACAAAAGAGAUCCCGAAUUUGUAUUUUACGAUGUAACAAAAGCUGUUGUUAAUGUCUACAGCGUAAAACCAGCAGUAUUUGAUCUGUUCCUGACUUUUGCCAUUGUUAUGUAUCUGACUGUCGUCUACUUUUUCAUACAAGGGUUCCCGACGCUCUACUCCAUUAUGCUCAGGUUUACGUCUCAGAAGAAAAGUAAAGCUCAUUGAAAGAUUGAUGUCCUAUCUUUUGACCGAUACAGCAUUUAGCCUAGUUAUUUGUCUAGAACCAUCUUGUAAAUAUUGCUACCUCACCUAGUAAAUUGUAAGUCGUCAAACAUUUAUUGAUUGUAGAAUCGAUUAGCUAGUCACGGGUUGUUGUAGAUCAAAUGGUGAAAUGGGAAAGUUUACACUUGCGUUUAUACAGGGUUUGGUUUGGAAGCGUCAGAAUAGGUUUGACUAGUUUCUUAUUUAUCGAAGGUUUUGUGUCCAAUAACAAGUCAUGUUUAGUCAGUAUCGUCUUCAUCUUUAUGUUUAUUGAUGUUAUACAUUAUUUUUUAAUUUGAUAUGCUCUCAUACAUAAAUAGGUAAUUGUUUUGAGAAGGGAGACAUAGUAAAGAAAGGAAUUGAAGGUAUUUUAAGCAGUGUUGUAAAAACUUUCAAAACUAAGAUUUGAAAAUUAAUUGUUUGUUGUAUUGAUUAAUUUUAAUAAAUCCAUUAGCAUGCUGGUUUGAAAAAAUUAAAUACACCUUAUCAGUUUGAAUCAACUUUAUAAUCGAUAAUUAAUUGUUUUUCUUUAUGUAGGCUAUUUUGUUGGCUAAUUUAAAUGUACCAUUGUAUAUUUCAUUUAUGCAUCUGCAAUAUUUUGUAAACCAUUUUUUACCAAUACGGUCUGAUGAUAGUAUCAUGGUAUCAUUCGGCAGUUCAGACUAGUUGUAAUUUUCUACACUAUUAUUUUACAACUAAAUAUUUAUACUUGGUGUUUUGACAGAGAGUUGUGGCCUAUCGAAGUUUUUAAUAAUUAGAAACAUAGAAAGACUCAACAUGUUGAGGCAACCUAUAAAAUGUUAAUUGCUUACAUUUAAAAAUAUCUUAUAAAAGGAUAGGGCAUUUGCCAGGAAUUAUUAAGGCUAAUGUCUAAGAUUGUUAAGAUUUUCUCCAAUCUCCAGUGGUUGAAAAAGUGGUCAGUGACCACGAAAAUUUCUACUUUUAAUUUUGUGAUGUGUUAUGUGUCUCUAUGGACUUAUUUAAAGGUAAGCCUUAAUAAUUACAUUUAAAAAUGUUUGAAUUGAGCAGUAACAAGAAAUAUAUUUAAGUUUUUGUAUGUUUGCUAUAACAAAAUGAUAAACAAUAUAUCCUGUUUAGAAUGAUAAGUACCAUUAUUUAAGUUGUAGUCAUCGCCAACUUACUUUUGUUGCAUGUAGACAUUUGUGUUGCUUAAACUUCGGUUUUCUGUUGUCCCUCUUUACAGGAAUAUUGUUGUAAGCAAUACAGAUUUGUGGACCAAAAGUGUUGUCUUUGUUCUUCAAAAUAUACCUUUUG